UUAAGAAGUGCUAGAGCGUUGUAAAAUAAAAGUUAUAUUUUUAGUUACAAGAGUAAAGAUGUUUUCCAGUGGUCCCAAUUAUACUAAACUAAAGACCAACCUGCGAUUGGCAGUAAAUCGUUUAAAAUUGUUAGAAAAGAAAAAAGCGGAAAUUGCCCAAAAAUCUCGCAAAGAAAUUGCUGAUUUCUUGGCAAAUGGCAAAACUGAAAGGGCACGUAUACGUGUCGAACAUAUUAUUAGGGAAGAUUAUUUGGUGGAAGCCAUGGAAGUAGUUGAAAUGUAUUGUGACUUACUAUUGGCCAGAUUUGGCUUGGUGACUCAAAUGAAGGAACUGGACGACGGCAUAGCAGAGGCAGUUUCUAGUGUUGUGUGGGUGUGUCCCCGUUUGCAGAGUGAUAUUUCCGAACUGAAAGUGAUUUCCGAUAUAUUCAUUCAGAAAUAUGGUCCGCAAUUUGCUGAAAAGGCCAGAACAGCAACGGGCGAUCAUCAUGUUUCGGAAAAGUUAAUGCACAAACUGCAACUACAGGCUCCGCCCAAAUUAUUGGUGGAAAAGUAUUUAAUUGAAAUUGCCAAGAACUAUAACAUUGAAUAUGAGCCUGAUCCACAAGUAUUAAAUGAGGAAAAGGAAGAUCGAGAUCAAAACCUUAUAGAGUUAGCAGAACGCAACAAUUUGGGUGGAGGCGGUGGCUCUGGUGUUCCACCACAAAUGGGCUUCAUUGGUUAUCCAACAGUACCACCAUUACCUCAUAUGCCUGAACCACCAUCUAAUAAGCCAUUCAACUAUCCACCCUAUGGCGGGGGAGGUGGUGGAGGUUCUGCUGCUCCUCCAUUGCCAUAUGGUGGUGGACCGGGUGGAGCUCCACCAUUUCACUAUAAUAUACCACCCAUGUCACCACCCAACAAUGAACACAAGGACUUGAACACACAGUUUAUAAAUGAGGAAAUAUCUCAGGAUGUACAGCCUUCUGCAGCAACAGAUAAUAAUGUUGAUGAGGCAGCUGGUUACGACGAAAGUAUUUUGCGGCAAAAAAUGCACAAUGAUCCACCACCACGUUACUCUUCAAUUAAUCCUGUUAAUCUACAGAACGCGAACAAGCCAAAACCUCAACCACGCAGUAAAUUGCCUCCAGCAGUUCAACCUUCUGCUCCACCUUCAUCCAUGGAAAUACCGCAGUUACCAAAUGUCCCCAUGGACUUGCCAGAUAUUCCAACAGAUGAAGUAAAGCCCAAUAAUAACGAUGAUGACAUUGAUUUCGACGACUUGUCCAAACGCUUUGAAAAUCUUAAAAAACGCAAAUAAGCAAUAAAAGUGAAUAGAUUAAGAACAUUUGUCUGCUAUGAAGUGUUAUUUAAAAAAAACUUAUUAUAUUUUAUCCAUACUGUUAUAUUAAUAAAAAAAAAAUCAAAUAAAUUAUAGUCGUAAACGUUACAACAAAACGUUUAGAAAA